GAAGGAGGUCACAGUCUCUUGCCUCUCUCUCUCUCUCUCACACACACACACUCUCUCGCUUUCUCUCUCUAAGAUAUUGCAUGAUUAGACAAUGAUUAGCUAGAGAAAGGUUUUAAUUACUGUUACUGACUCCUUAGGUUUUUGUCUGCUUUCUUGAAAAGCUUUGCUCAUUUCUAAAAAGUUUACACUACAGUGAAUGGUGAUCCGCUGAUUUUCUUUGAUCGGCUUGUUAAAAGAGCAAGAGAGUUAGCAAAAUUAGUAAAAACUUGAUAACCCAAAAGCACUUUCUUCGUUAUAUCACUUCCCAUUCUUGCUCAAUACUUGGCCACAGUUGUCCCUUCUUAUGCCUUCUCUACAGUAACACAAGGUCUUUUCUUGAUUUCUUGAUUUCGAGUUCCAACUAUGAAGCGGUUCAGUUCCUCCGAUUCAUUUGCUGAUAUAUUCUCCAUUUCUCCUCCUUCCAAAGAGAUGAAGUCUCAAAAAUCAAAUCAAGGAUACACUAGAGAGUUUCAAGCAAUGUUAGAUAGUCUAGAAGAAGAAGAUUACGCUGAGGAAGCCAUUCAUACCACUACAGAGAAGAAAAGAAGGUUAAAUCUUGAUCAAGUUAAGGCCUUGGAGAAGAAUUUUGAAGUUGAAAACAAGCUUGAGCCAGAGAGAAAGCUGAGAUUAGCAGAGGAAUUAGGCCUGCAACCAAGACAAGUAGCCAUUUGGUUCCAAAAUCGCCGUGCUCGUUGGAAAACUAAGCAAUUAGAGAGAGAUUAUGAAGUACUUAAAGCUGAUUAUGAAGCUUUAAAACUUAACUACAGUAAUAUUGAAAAAGAGAAUGAAUCUUUAAAUCAACAGGUAAAGGAAUUGAAAGCGAAGCUAAGAGAAGAAAAUGCAGAUAGCAGUCACUCUGUCAAAGAAGAGUGCCCUGUUUCAGAGUCAGAGAACAAUUUUUCAGUGCAAAGCCAGAGCCACGAAUUGAGUGACAAUAACAAUUUUCAUGGAACCAUUAAAGACCAGAUCAAUGAUUUAUCUUCACAUUCAUUAAUGAGUUGGAUUCAAUUAUCUGAUUCAAGAUCCAUUUUAGGAAAUGGGUUUCAAGUAUAUCAUGAACCUCAUCUUGUGAAACUAGAAGAGCAGAGCAUGUUUAAUACAGAGGAAUCCUGCAAUUUCUUUUCAGUUGAUCAAGCUCCUACCCUUCACUGGCAACUGUCUUAGCAGUAAAUAAAUCUUUACCUGAAGGCUUGGAGAGGAAUAAAUUUGGCUUUGGAGAGAUUGUAGAUUGGGACUUCAUUUUAGCUCUUCCAUUGCCAUAAAUGGGCGGGAACAGUGAAGUUUCUUAUAUUAUUACAUUAUAUGUUCUCUGCUGUAAAAAGACCAUUAUCAUAAUGUUUAGCAAAAAAAUCCAGUUCUAAAUAAUUUUCUACGGUGGUCAAAUUUCUAUAUUAAGUACUGUUUUUAAACUGUGCAUUAGAUUAUAAAGAAGCUGGUAGUUGAGCUUUUUGCAUGGCUAGUGACUAAUAAUAUAUAAACCUAUGUGCUUUCA